UCGACGCGGUAUACCCGAAAAAAAAACACAUUCUUCGUGUUGUGCGACCUUCAUUACCGCAGCUGCGACAACGGCAGACGCAUAAGCGGAGUACCAUGCUGCGAGCAAGCAAUUAAUAUCGAAGACUACGAUAAAAGCGGAUUCAUCAUCCACGCAGAUACAGUCGGUAAUCACGUGAUACCUAAUCCAAAAUUAUGGACUUCGAAUAUACAUUAUCUACAAACCUUCAUACAGAAUAUCGUCAAACUUGAUAAAAACGGCGGCAGCGGAAGCGUAGAUAGCAUAAAACGCGCGUUUCGUCAAUUCGAAUCCUCUAACUUUAAGGAUAUCGGUUCGUUACCUCCAUAUAGGAGCGGGAAAGAUUCUGUCAUACGUAACAAAGUACAGGGUUUUCGUUGCGAAGGUUUUUAUCAUACAGGUUCUAUUUCUUGCGAAUUGCCCCGAGCUCGAGUUUUAUUGCCAUCACACGUGAUGUACUCGUCGUCGUAUCCAUCGUCGUCAUAUCAAUUCCCACGAAACGUCGCCGGAAGUCGCCAAGAUAUACUUUUAGCUGUAGCUACAGCGACAGCGACAACAAUAACACCGCCACCAGCAAAAAAACAAAAACGAAUGGUCGUAGUAAAACGAGAUCCGGUGCUUAAAACAACAGGAGCACACGUAUGUAUAGGCCAAGAAAACCCAGAUAAAUCGGUUAGUGUCGUUGUAACGUGUGACAGCACAUCAGAGCCGCAAAAUAAAGAUCAAGAUGGAGAUAAAAAUGGAGUACUACAACUUAAACCUUACGACAUACCGACGGCGUGGGAUUAUAAUGCCAGUUUUGCCUACAAAGCCGCAAAUAUGGAACUUAUUACGCGUUACGAUGAUAAUUCCACCAUAAGCGCAAAGCCUCGUUAUUCAUUUUCAGAACAGUCAAAACUACUGCUACGAAAUUGCAAUUUUCAACGGCAUUUUUUGGAAGCGGGAUGCGGAUAUCGCCGUAACGAAGUAAACCAACAGAUGGAUAAAUUACGCGGUAUUAACGCUUCACACGGCGGAUCCAGCAUUACGGUAGACGAUUUACGCCUUGCCACUGACGUAAUUUCAAACGUAUACUUGUCAGGAGCAAAAGGCCACGAAGAAGGUUUGCAAAAUAUGUUACAAAAAGUUGCCCAACAACCUACGCAUAUAUCUUUAGCACAAUCAGCGGACAGUAUGCUAAAACAAAUGAACUUAUAUUUGGAUAACAGCAAAAAAAUCAGCAUCGCUGGAAGAAUGUAUUUUUGCUACAUUUACGGUUACAGCGACGUAUUGGUCUAUGGAGGCCAAUUAGUAGUAAAUAAAAUUGGAAUUGCAAAUACUUUAUGCGAUGUCGCGUUUGCUACCCAAUCACAUUCAACGGCAUCGUAUUUAGAAUGGCUAAAAGACAUUCGACAAAAAAUCAACAAAUGAAAAACCGUCAGUCAUCUACGCUACGUUUUUUUCCAAGUUUUUUAAUAUCUUUAAACCUUUAGUGCUGCGCAAAUACGGAAAAUGAAAUAAAACCAAUUACUUAAACGUGAAAUUUUAUAAUAUUUUUAUAUUUUUUCCAUAAUUUUAAUGUAUUGAUUUCUGUAUAACCGUUGUCGUAUUGCUCUAGAGUAUCAUAAUUCAUUUUGAUAUGCGCGGUUUUCCCCGGGUGUGCAAUACACGACAUCGAAGCGCACACAGAAUAUCCCCUAUAAACAACAACUUUUUGACAAACAUCAAAAAUGUUAAAAUAUACUUCAAUGACAGGUAGUCACAGUGAGUGUUCAAAAUACCGGCAACGUUUCAGGUCACAGUACAUUAAUUUUUUAUAUAAAAUAUUUCAUUCUAACUUUCGCGUUUUGCGUGUGCAAGAACUUUACCGGUAUAUUAACCGCCAUUCUAUGAUUGUCGUGGCUACUUUUAUAAUGAAUUUCUCAUGUAAGACACUGACACAUCACUUGCAAAAAAAAAAAACAAACAGACGGACAAUAAGCGUGUUAAUACGUGAAAAAAAAAGUUUUGACUACAUUCUAUGAUUGUAUCGUGUGACAAGGGCUACCUUUUAUAAUGUUAUAUAAAAUAUUUCAUUCUAACUUUCGCGUUUUGCGUGUGCAAAAAAUUUAUGAACUUUGCCGGUAUAUUAACCGCCAUUCUAUGAUUGUCGUGGCUACCUUUUAUAAUGAAUUUCUCGUAAGACACUGGCACAUCACUUGCAAAAAAAAAAAAAAAAACAAA